AGCCUCAGGAGCUGAUGACGUCAGACCUCGUUGACUGGAGAUCCUCCCUUCAGUCCGACUCUUCAAAAACCUUAUUCUCUUCAUCGUUGUUUCUGUGCAGUCGAUGAUUUCCUGUAGUUUCACCAUGCCAGGGGUUUGCAGAGGGUCGGUUUUUGCCAUUGCCUUAAUUUCGUACAGUUUGUUGUUAACGACAGAGGCGCAGACAACGACUCCUUCUCCAGCAAUCCCCUGUGCCUUGAGAUCCAACACAAGCUGUGAUGAAUGUCUGAAGAAUGUGACAUGUUUGUGGUGCACACCAACGCAACAAUGCAUCGACUACCCAACGAGGAACAUCCUGCCCCCAAGCAGUGUGUGUCCCCUGAGUGAGGCACGGUGGGGGCUAUGUUGGGUAAACUUCCAGAUUCUGAUCAUCACCAUGUCAGUGCUGGCUGGGGUCAUCAUCAUCGCCAUUCUUGUUUGCAUCUGCUGCUGCUGCAAGUGUGAGCGAGCCGGGAAUAAGAAAGAAGACGCAAAGAUUGAGCGACAGACUCGAGCAAGGAAGGCCCGUCAGAAAGAGAGGAGAACAGAAAUGCAGCUGAGGCAUGAUGAAAUCAGAAACAAAUAUGGUUUGGCAAAGGAUAAUCCAUACGCCCGUAUGGACGAUCAUUAAGAAGAAUCUCAGCAAUGAUUCCUGGAAGAAAUCUCCUUUAGAUGAUCUGAUUUACACCAGUAACAGUGAGAAACAUGCGUAGCAUAUUAUAAACUGUGAUUACCUGAAUUUCAAAAAGUCAGUGUUUGCCAAAAUAUGUGACAAAGGGAGUCAGAAAUUACUUUGAUGAGAGUACAACACAUUCAAAACUGCCUUUACACCUAAUAUUUCACUUUUACACACAAUAGCUCUGCUGUUAUUAGAUUAAUAGUUAUUAUGCCUUGAUUUUAAUGUAAAUAUUUAGGUACAUGUGGUCAGUACACUUACUUCUUUUCUGAACGUGGAACUAACCUAUAAGUGCUAGUGUCACAAAAACAUUUUUGUAUCAUGACAUGAAAACACAGAUUUUUUUUGCACUAAAUACAGUAUUGUAUAAUUCCUACAACUUACGUGCUGAUUGGUGCUUGUGGUGCUUCGUUAAUAAGUAGCAUUUUACUUUUGAUUUUGGAAUUAUUUUGUUAUAUUUCUCUUGAUUCUCAUUUAUGUCUAAUGUAAAACAUGUAUUUUCUAUACGGUUGUUUACUACAUGUGACAUUCUAAAGGUUAUUUUCUAAGUUGUCUUUGGUUAGAUGUCAAAGUUUGAAAUUAUUUUAGACCUUUGUCUCAUAAAAGACAUAAUUGUUCACAAACUAAAUGAGCAGCUGUUAAAAAAAGUGAUUAUUUCAAAAAUAAAAUUUCGAAUGCUUA